CGUCAUAGGCUGUCAUAUGUCAGAAGUGACUGUCAGAGGUUAAUUUUCAAUAAUCAAAAAGGAAUAUCAUUAUUAUAUUGUGUAAAAUUAGGUAAAACCAACGCCUGGAUGCAGUUCAUAAAACACACUUUUCUUUUUGUUAAGAAAUUAACUGACAAUCGGUGUAAAUCGUUUUAUUUAUACAGUACUGUAAGUCUAACCGCAAAUAAAUCGACCACCACAAACAAAAUGGAAAAUACACCAAACUUAGUUUUAAGAAGAGUUGAAAAUAUUAUAAAAUCUCAAGAGGAUAAGCGAGUUUAUAGAGGUUUAGAGCUUGCAAAUCACAUGAAAGUUUUGCUUGUGAGUGACCCCACAACUGAUAAAUCUGCCGCUGCGUUGGAUGUCAACGUUGGUUUUAUGAGUGAUCCACGAGAUGUUUUUGGUUUGGCCCAUUUCUGCGAACAUAUGCUUUUUCUGGGUACUAAAAAAUACCCCAAUGAAAACGACUAUAACAAAUAUUUGAGUGAACAUGGGGGGAGCAGUAAUGCAGCCACGUAUCCUGAUCACACAAUUUACUACUUUGACAUAGUACCUGAUGAAUUGAAUAAUACUCUAGAUCGAUUUUCGCAGUUUUUUAUCGCGCCGUUAUUUACUGAAUCAGCCACUGAUAGAGAGAUGAAUGCUGUAAAUUCUGAACAUGAGAAAAAUAUUCCAAAUGAUGUGUGGAGAAAGGACCAGUUGGAUAAACAUUUAGCUGACCCCAAGCACCCCUACCACACUUUUGGGACAGGCAACAGACACACUUUGGAUACGCUCCCAAAAGAAAAAAGUAUUAACGUAAGAGAUGAGUUAUUAAAGUUUCAUGACAAAUGGUAUUCAUCAAACAUCAUGUGUCUAGCUGUGUUAGGAAAAGAAAGUCUAGAUGAGUUAGAAGCAAUGGUUGUGAAAUUAUUCUCUGAGGUUAAAGACAAGUCCAUUGAAGCCCCCAGAUGGGAGGAACACCCAUUCAAAGAUGAACAUUUUGGUACUUGUGUUUAUAUGUACCCCAUCAAGGACGUCAGAAAUUUGAAUAUAGUGUUUCCUUGUCGUGACCUACAAGAGUACUACAAGUCUUCACCUUCUCACUACAUCAGCCACUUGAUGGGACACGAGGGCCCCGGUAGUAUUUUAUCGACUCUCAAAACUCGAGGAUGGUCGAAUAAUUUAGUCGCUGGUAGUAGACCGGCACCACGCGGGUUGGGUUUUUUUGGAGUUACAGUAGAUUUAACAGAAGAAGGAAUAAAGCAUAUUGAUGAUAUUGUUGAACUUAUUUUCCAAUAUUUGAACAUGUUGAAAUGUCAAGGACCUCAAAAAUGGGUUCAGGAUGAGAACAGGGACAUUGGCAAUAUGCUAUUUCGGUUUAAAGAUAAGGAAUCUCCCAGGAGUUACAUUGCAGGCCUUGUUCACACGUUACAAGAUUACAGCAUGGAAGAUGUGUUAAGUUGUAUGUAUUUGUUUUCCGAAUGGAGACCAGAUAUAAUAGAGCAAAUCUGGAAUGAUUUUGUUCCGGAAAAAAUCCGAAUCAUAGUUUUGGCUAAACAGUAUGAGAAUGAAUUGGAUCAAGUCGAACCUUGGUACGGUACUAAAUAUAAGGUGGCACAGAUUUCAGAAAAAACAUUAGAUAGGUGGCGAAAAUGCGGACUUUCUGAUGAUUUUAAGUUACCGGAGAAGAAUGAGUUUAUUCCGACCGAUUUCGAAUUGUACUCAAUCGAUAAAGAUGUUACGGAACAUCCGAUAAUUAUUCAAGACACUGCAUUGACGAGAGUUUGGUUUAAACAAGAUGAAACUUUUUUGUUACCGAAAGCAAACGUCAUGUUUGAUUUCGUCAGUCCUUUGGCAUAUUUAGAUCCUCUCAAUUGUAAUUUGACCCACAUGUUGGUUCAGUUGUUUCGAGAUGCUUUAAAUGAAUAUGCCUAUGCCGCCGAACUUGCCGGUUUAAAGUGGGAACUUAUCAAUACGAAAUACGGUUUAAUACUCGCUAUUGGAGGUUACAGCAAUAAGCAACACAUAUUUUUAGACAAAGUAAUGGAGAAAUUGACGAAUUUUAAAAUCGACCCGAAACGAUUCGAAAUUUGCAAAGAAAAUUAUAUCAGAAAUUUGAAAAAUUUUGCGGCAGAACAGCCUUACCAACACGCUGUCUAUUAUUUGGCCGCUCUGUUGACCGAGCAUUCGUGGACAAAACAAGAGCUUUUGGCCGCAACUGAACAGCUCACUAUUGAUAAGUUGGAGGCUUUUAUUCCCCAAAUCUUAUCAAAAAUGCACAUCGAGUGUCUAAUUCACGGUAACGCCAAUAAAGAAAAAGCACUACAGUUGGUACAAAUCGUCGAAGACAGGCUUUUGUCUACCCUAAACAUGUCACCAUUAUUGCCACGACAGUUGUUAUUAAACCGCGAAUUAAAACUCGAAGAUGGUUGCAAUUACGUUUACGAAGUCCAAAAUGAAGUCCACAAAGAAUCUUGUAUCGAAUUGUACUACCAGUGUGGACUCCAAUCGAAGGAAAAUAACAUGAAGUUGGAAUUGUUUGCUCAAAUCGUUCAAGAGCCAUGUUUCGAUAUUUUACGGACUAAGGAACAAUUGGGUUAUAUUGUUUUUAGUGGGAUUAGGAGGUCAAAUGGGGUACAAGGAUUGCGAAUUAUUGUUCAAUCUGAUAAACAUCCAGUGCGUUUGGAUGAACGUAUCGAGGAGUUUUUGAAGAAUAUGUUGAAUUAUGUCAAGAACAUGUCGGAGGAGGAGUUUUUGAGACAUCGGGAGGCGUUAGCUGCGCAGCGAUUAGAAAAACCGAAACAAUUGUCCACCCAAACUAAUAUUUUUUGGGGAGAGAUCACCUCACAGCAGUAUCAUUUCGAUAGGGCGAAUGUCGAAGUCGCGUAUUUGAGGACCUUGACUAAGGAGGAUAUUAUCGAUUUUUAUAAGAGUUUGUUAGAAGAAAACGCCCAAUUUCGUAAAAAGCUGUCUGUUCACGUGGUUUCAAUGGCGGAGGGAGGUGCUGGCAAAAUGGCAUCAGGCGAUAAGGAAUACUCUAUUACUACUAAAGGAACGGUUGUUUGUGACCUAACAGUGUUUAAAAGCUCGCACGAAAUGCAUCCUCUUGUUCAGCCUUAUAUUAAUAUUACGCGAAAAGGAAACAAGUGUAAGCUUUGAUUUUAGAAGUGUAAUAGCCAAUUUAAUAAAUUGUAACGAUUUUAUCUCAUUACUUAGGUGAAUGUUUCUAGAUUGUUUAAGUCGACACGAAAUUAACACGGUUUUUCUGACUAAUAAAUUCUUUGAAACUAUA